AUGCCGGGCCGAAAAAAGAAAAUUAUAAAACGUAAAAAGAAAGCAACAGAAACUAAAUCUAAAAAAGAUUUAAGUCCAGUAAAGCAUGGACGAAAGAGCCGUGCAUCCGGUAUUUUUAAGAAAAGUCCACCUAUAACCUCGGAUGAUAUAGACAAGGGUGAUGAUAUAAAACCAAUAAAACCAAUAAAAUCCCCAGUGAAAUUUGCCAUCGAUAACAUGUUAAAAAUUGAUUUGACCAAAAAGAAGAAGACCAUGGAAUACAGGAGCACAAACCGUCCCGAAGGACUCUCACCGAAGGAAAAAAGUUACCUCAUCUGUAGUUGUCAGGCCAAAUCUAAUCGAUACAAAACUUUGAAAAAUCAAGCUGCAGAAGCCAUACGUAACAGUAAAAUCUUUUCCGUUUAUGGCAGUUGCAAUGCUGUACGCGCGGCUCUGCUUGAACGGGGAUGGGUAGAAAAACUACCAGCAAACAAAAUGAAUCUAUCCAAAAUAAAAAAUGGCUCUUUUUCCAAUAAACCUGCCGAGAUACACAACGAAUUGGAGAGAUUGCUCCUAUCCAACUUCGUUGAGAAAUACCCUCCUAAUUUCAUUUGGCGCACAAGAGAAGAACUCCGCGAUACCGUCAUUGAUAUGACGAAAGAAUAUCCCACUAUUGUCAACAAGCUUAAGACGGACGCUAUGUGGACGUCAAAGCAGGGUCUAUGUUCAUCAAUGAAGAGGAAUUACUGGUUUUACAUAGAAGACGUCGCAGAAGUUAUUGGGCCGCGCAGUUAUAACACCUGUGAUCCAGGAGAUAUAGAGGGCUUCGUCAAAGAUUACAAAAUAACAGCAUGUACUAGCCUAUUAAAGUGGGUCCUUUCAAUGGAAGCAAACGAAAGGCCAGUGUUUAUGGAGACAGGAAAGAUUUCAUUAAAUGUGGUGUUAUUUGCUUUAAGUCGGUGCAAGGAGUAUCUAUACAGAAAAGAAAACAAGGAUAUUGACAAAUCCGUUAGCAGCGUAUCUCCCGGUCAGUGGAAUGCUUUCUUAAAAAAAUAUUACCGUAUAAUAGCAAAAGACGACGUCUUCCAAUUGGACACAGAGAACAAGUUACCUCUGUAUAUGGCAUAUGCAAAAUUUUUACUCAAAGAAAUGCACAAGUACAGGCCUCAGUUGAGUUGUGAAGGGUGCCAUAACAUCUGGAUCAUCAAGCCGGCGCAUAAUUCUAGAGGUAGAGGCAUAAGAAUGGCUUCUAGACUAGCAGUUAUCACGAAUCUGCUCAAUAAAGCUAAUGCAAAAUACGUAAUUCAAAAAUACAUUGAAGAGCCGUUAUUGAUUCACGAAACCAAAUUCGACAUUAGACAAUAUUGUUUAGUUACAAGCACCUACCCACUAGUUGUAUGGAUGUAUAAAGAUUGUUACUUAAAGUUCAGCUCGCAGAAGUACAAUCUUAGGAGCUAUCAUGAAUCCAUACAUUUGACUAACAAUGCUGUUCAAAGGAAAUACACCAACUGCGCCGGAAGACAUGAGGAACUCCCUCAUGCAAACAUGUGGGAUUCUGAUAAAUAUAAAGAUUAUUUGAACAGGAUCGACAAGGGCAAAGUAUGGGAUAAAAUCAUCUACCCCGGAAUGAAGAAAUCUAUUAUUGGCAUCAUGUUAAGUUGCCAGGAUUCUUUGUCAGUUUGCAAAAAUCGCUUCGAGCUAUAUGGCUGUGAUUUUAUUCUAGACAAAGAAUAUAAACCGUGGCUUAUUGAGAUCAAUUCAUGUCCAGAUCUAAACCACACCACCCCCGUAACCGCAAAAAUUUGUCCGGCUGUUUUAACAGAUAUAGUAAAAGUUGUAAUAGAUCGCGCGAAAAAUCCAUCCGCACCAACGGGAAAAUUUGAAUGCAUUUACCGACAGCCUAUGACCAUUCCGAGGUAUGGAGGAGCUUUAGACUUAUAUGUUCGAGGUUGCUCUUUACCCAGUGAUUACUUCUACAAAGGCAAUAUUGAUCUAAGAGAGAAUUACGACGAUGAUGUAGAUAUAGACAAAGGACACAAUAUUGAAACUAUAUUGGACAAAAUAAAACAGGCGUAUGACACCGACACGAUCAUGAUAGAACCUGAAGAUGAUAGUCACGCGUGUGUGAAGAAAGAACAAGAAACAACAACCCAUCAUUCGCGAUCUGACUACGAGUUAAACGUUGCAGCAACCGUGGUAACAGAACAGUUGGAAGAGCUAAUGGAUAGAAUUGUUUCAAAACACAGUUCCAAUAUGAAAACAAGACAAGAAGCUUUAUGUGCCACAGGUUCAAUUAAAUCAUUUGCCUCUGCCCACAUGGUUAAAAGUGUUACAGACUUCAAAGCUAUGAUAACCAAAUCUAUGAACCGAUUUGUCUCUUUCGAAAAUGUACAGCAUCACGAAGCAUUUGAUUUUAGCCAGCUUGACGAUGAACCCGUAGAUAAUGAAAGUGCUUAUGAAGAAGAUUCACCUAAAAAGAUAAUCAAUGAUUACAAGCAACUGGAUGUGUUAAGACUGUUUGGGCAAACUAGUAAAGAAAGCGCCCAGUCCACAUCACCUUCAACAGAAAUCAUGCUGGAAGCUACAACGAAACUGAUUAAUUUCAUCAGUAAGAAAGAAAGGGAAUAUUUCAUGGAACACAGCAUUGUACACACAUAAAUGAAUAACAUAAUUUGCAGAAAUAUGAAAAUAAACUUAGGUAAUCUUCAUGACGAUGACGGCUAUGAUUAAAACCAUAAUCAAACAUCUUCAAGCUAAUCUGUAAAUAAUUAUACUUUUAGAAAACACCGAUAGAUCAAUCGUUAA